AUGCCGGCCACCGAACCAGUGGAGGCGCAGUCUACUGAGCCGAACAAGGCUCCGGCAUGGUUCGGAGAUGUCAUCGAUGGACCGACAUUCGAGCAGAUUCUCGAAAUGGACGAUGAUGAGGAAGAGCGUGAUUUCAGCACAAGCAUUGUGUUUGACUUCUUCGACCAAGCCAAGGUGACCUUCAAAAACUUGGACAAAGCUCUCGAGGAGAAGAAUUUUGACCAGUUGUCAGCCUUGGGACACUACCUGAAAGGUUCCUCGGCCACUUUGGGGCUGACGAAAGUCAAAGACAGCUGCGAGAAAAUCCAGCACCUUGGCGCUCGCAAGGAUGAAACUGGCAAUACUGAUGAGCCCGAUGAUGAGAAGACUUUGAAGAAGAUCAAGACGAUUAUUGCGCAGGCGAAGGAGGAAUUCGAGGCUGCAGAGAAAUUGCUUCGACGAUUCUUCGGACCGAACGCAGGAGCAAGCACAGAAGCAGCUGAGAGCUCCGAAGAAAAAAGCUAG